CUUCCAAUUCCAUCUUCCACCCCCAUCAAACCAGACCAAGCUUCCCUUCAGUCCUAACUUUCCUUUCCACACAUUGUUUUCACAAUUUAUACGACAACAACUCGGUUAAAAAAAUACAUAAAUUCAAAAAUUCCAAUUCAUUUGGACAAUUAUUACCCAGAGAAAUCCGUAACCUUGUAAAAGUUUUCAUAGAAAAUCAGGUCUCAAAUCUAUUAGAAGUUAACCAACUCUUACUUAUUUUGGAAACCAAUUUUACACCCAGAUUACAAGCACCUGAGUAAAUUGCGUCAACAAAUUUUUCCUCCAAAGUGCAAAUUUUACAUACAUAAAUGUCCCUCUAAUUAUGACUUAUAACGAUUACGACAAGCGUGAGUUUUGGCCCGAACUUUUCCGCUUUUUGUUGGUACUUCUUACCUACGCGGUUAUCGCUUUCGUAUUUCUCACCGGCCUGCAGGAAUGCAUAUCUUAUCUGAACACUUAUCUGACCAACCUGAUCGGCGAGAAAACUCGGAAGAAAGCCAUCGUUUUAAACACGAUACGCGCCCGUCGACCCGAUUUUUCCGAUAAGCUCGACUUUCUCCAGACCUACGUUAUCAUGCCGUAUCUUAAUCGGGCAGUUUACACAAAUUCGGGACAAGUCGACAAAGUGCCGCGUGGCCUGGUUAUCCACGGCGGGGACAAAACCGAUGUCACCAACAUGAUCAAAGCCGUUGGGAACGAGGUGCUUGAUCCGGAUCGGAAACAUGUGCGGUAUACGAGGUGUGACAUUUCGAAGGAUGCGAAACUCGUUGAAUUGCUUCAGGGUGAGAAAUUUAUGGAGGAAAAUGUCACCAAUUUGGUCAAAUAUGCGGUGAAAAAUCAACCCAGCUUGAUUACCAUGACUGAUCCGCGCAUGUUGUUUGGAGUUCAAUGGACAAAUUGUGAAACUCAUCUGCCCAUCCUGAUAGAGAUAGUAUGCCAAGAACUAGCAAAACUAAGGCUCACUGACCAAGUAUUUGUUAUCUUCAGCGUGGACAAACUUAAACAAAAACAACUUUCCUAUGAUAUUUUAAAAUCCUUGAAGUUUCUCCACCUCCCAAAAUCAUGGACCACAGAAAAAGUAAAAACCUUGCUAAUUUCGGCAACUUCAAAAUGGGUCAGGGCACCUUUGUGCGAAAUCUUGGACAUGAUGACGGAAAACUGUAUGUCUUUGGAUCAGAGCGUGAUGGAGGAGGAAGUAAAACGACUCACUGAAACCGCUUAUGGCACCUGUUUAGACAGAUUUAUGGAGUUUGUUGGAUUUGAUGAAGCCAAGACGAGAAUUGGUAACGGAGAGAUUAAUCCAUCAGUGGAGGAUUGGGAGAAAGCGUGGAGUAAGAUAUGCCCACCGACUGAAAAAUCCGAAACUAUUGAAAAUUUGGAACCUAUUCAAGUAUGCCCACCACCAGAACAAUUGCCAUCAAUUCAACCAUGCACACAAAUGGAAAACGCCGACGUGAAACCCAACACAGAAGAAAAUACUGCUGAUAUUUUGCCAACUGUGGAUAUCAACGACUGGGUAGAAAUUUGAUCAAAUUUUCAAGAAAUGAGUUGUAUGUAUGUUUUACAAGAAAUUUCAAAUUGUAAGCUUAACAAUUUCUAAACUUUAAGACAAAUAGUUCCUAAUUUCUUGUCUUAAAUCGAUAAGUACUUUAAUGUAUGACAU